AUGGGGGAGGCGCCCAGCUCCGCGCCCUCGCCUGCGCUCUGGGACUGGGACUACCUGGACCACUGCUUCGCCCGCCACCGCGUCUGCAUCUCCUUUGGCCUGUGGAUCUGCGCCUCCUCCUGCUGGAUCGCCGCCCACGCGCUGCUUCUCUACCUGAGAUGUACAAAGAAACAUGGGCAGGGUCAGUCCCCACUGUGCGCCGCCUGCUGCCUCCUGACCAGCCUGUGCGACACUGUUGGGGCAAUUCUGGCCAGACAGCUCACGAUCCAGGUUUUCAGUGGUGCCUACCUAGCCACUAUUGACUUAGCCAACUUCAUGUUCAUCCUCUUCCCAGUCUGUGGAUCCAAAUUCAAGUCUCAUUCGGGCCGACACACCAGAAAGAGGAAGAGGAGGAAGCAGCUCAGAGCUGGCGUAUUUGCCCUGGCUCUGCCACUGAGCCUGGGCCCAGGCUGGGCUCUCUGGGCUGCUGUUCCAAAGGCUUCAGCUCUGGUCCGGGGGCCCCAGCGGAGGCUGCUGGGAAGCCUGCUGCAGGAAAAUACCGAAGUCCUCGGCUACCUGCUGGGUGUCAUUGCUGCCUUGGGCGCCUGGGCCUCUCGGAUACCCCCACUCUCCAGAAUCUGCCGGGGGAAGUCAUUCUCCUACAUCCACCUGUGGACACGGCUGCUGUCCGCCCUGGCGGGCCUCCUCUACGCCUCAGCCAUUGUGGCCCAUGACCGGCAGCCCGAGUACCUGCUUCGGGCUACACCCUGGUUCCUGACCUCCCUUGGCCGUGCUGCUCUGGACCUUGCUAUCAUCUUCCUUUCGUGUGUGAUGAAGAGCAAGAUGAGGCAAGCCUUAGGAUUCUCCACAGAAGCCAGAGAGAGCCCCGACACCCAGGCCCUUCUGACCUGUGCAGAGGAGGAGGGAGAGAACCAAGAGGCUGGGACCAAGGACAAGACUUCAGAUUGGGUGCCACUCACCACCCUGUCACACUGCAAGUCACUGAAGACGAUGGCAGCAAUCAGUCAUUACAUGGAGCUGACCGUCGAACCUAUACAGCAGGCAAGCUGUGGUGCCAUGAGACUGCCUGGUGAUGGACAGACCAGCACAGGAGACGCGUCACUGCAAGAGCCCCCCUCAUACCCUCCCGUUCAGGUCAUCCGGGCCCGAGUGUCUUCCAGCAGCUCCUCUGAGGUGUCCUCCAUCAACUCAGACCUGGAGCAGAAGUAUUGGGAGGCCCUAAACUCGGAGCAGUGGGAUCCUGAAGAUGUCAAUUUUGAAAGGAACAAUGACAACAUGGAGACCUUCAGAUUCCAGGUGCCGAGGGGCUCUUCGACGACAGUAGACUUGAGCUCUGCUGAUUAGUAUCUUCUAAAAACCAGUCCAUCAGCUCAAAGACCAGGAUGAGGCAUUCAUCAGUAAAACUGAGCAGAGAUCGGACCUACAGUGACACCCAUAGCAGGGAUUUAAGCCACUGAAGAAGCUGCCCAGGGAAGUGAGGAACCUGGAGCUGAGCGUGGCUGGUCUACCUGGCUCAGAAUAAAUCUAAGAUUGUGGGUUCUAUGGACAGACCUGGAUAUGCCAUUUGUUCUGAAGAUUAGAAGCUCACAGAUGGCUCCUGCUUUGUAAAGAUAAGCCUUCAUCCAAAGGACAAUGGGCCCUCUUUUCCUGUCUUUCCUUUCCUUCUAUUCCCAUGAAAUGCAACUGUAAACUCAGUAUCUGCUGGAUGCCAGGAAUGAGUUCACCUAACAAAUAGCUCAUGUGUUUGGACCUCAGCAGAGCCUGUCCUGCAAGCCCUGGCUUCUGCCCUCCAGUAUCUGCUGGAAGUUAUCCAUAGGACUGCUUGGUCAACCAAGUAUCUGUGAGAUCAGUGGUAUGGCAAGCACAAGCAAAAAAACAAAAGAAUGGGUUUUUAUUGGUCUUUUCGAAGAAUGAAAAGCAAGAGAACUUCCUCCAGCCUGGCAACGCGUGUGCGGAGGCAGGGUUUACAGGUGAGGGGCACUGUGUGCUUUAGGAGGUCACUGAGAGCAUACAGAGGGUAAUAGGUAUGCUGGGACAUGUUAAUUCAAGCACAGUAACCCCAUUUGAAGAUGAUUGGUAGUAUGAUCACAUGUGAGGGGAAAGGUGAAGGGAAUGGGGCUAAGGUCGGAAC